AUGGGCGCGUAUUACUUCUCGAGGUGCCACACCGACGAACGCUUCACCACGGAGAGACUAUACCCGCUUCCUGACGGUGGCAAUAAACGGUUCGUAUGGGACUGGGACCGGCGGCUCUCGUUUGACGUCCUUGUACGCAACGAGGAAGUUGAACGGGAAUUUGUUUUGAGGUCCAUCAAGAAGUUCGUCAACGACCUUCCCGCCGAUGUGGUCCAGGUUGAAAUCGAUUCCAAAGAUGGCGCACUCUUGUCUAGGUCUUCGGACCCCGCAAAUGACCGUGCCUUGGUCCCCUUUUACCCUCCACGUACUGAUUUUCCCCGGCGGGUGGCCACAGUACGCCGUGGUGACCUCACGGAGGUUGGCCGACUGGGAGCUCAAGUCGACUUGGCGACCUACUCACCCCUUGCCAGCCCGGGCGAGACGAGGCAGGUAGUGUUCAAGUACUACAUCGACCAGGACAAUGUUGCCAUUUCGUGGCAUGAGGCGAAUUGUGUCAUGCGUAUGCCUAGACAUCCUAACAUUGUGCCCUUCGAUGCUCUCGUCGUCGACACGGUCGGCGGAGUUGACAGAGUGGUAGGCUUCACCACUCGCUACAUACCCGGUGGUAACCUUUCGGAAAAUAAAGAUCGCGUCUUCAAACUCAAGUAUCUGGAGGAACUUAUCAAUGUUGUCGAUUAUCUCAAUCUCCGCUUGGGAAUUGUCCAUGGCGAAGUAUGCCCUUGGAAACUUCUCAUUGAACCCGAGACAGAUACCAUUCAGUUAUGCGAUUUUAGCUGGAGUGCCAAACUGGGCUGGGAGGGAGAUACGAGCAACCAGCAAGAAUUUCAAUACGACGCGGAUCGAAACGACGUCAAAUUUGUGAUAUUUACGCUCUACGAAAUCAUCACGCGCGAGUUCUGCUUUCGCUUAGAUUUCUACCCUGACGAGUUGGAUGCGUCCAAGAUCAUGAAGAAGCCAAAAUGGAAGAAGCACCGAAAUGCACAGCUUGAUAGCCCCGUGGAGGAAUAUCGCCGGGUCCUCGGUGAAUGGGCCAAGCGCAGGGCCGAGAUCGACAAAAAGAUUGAUCAUUUUACCAAGGCAUCAAAGCCCCUGAACUGGCCGCCAUUGGUCGUAUCCCCAGACAUGGCAAUAGACCAAGGCAACUUUAAAAGGCGGGGUGCCAUGCGCAGCACACUCACUAGGCUUGGGAAGGACUUCCUGAGGUGGGAGCGCCCGCCGACGCAAGCCCUACCACUUCCCGAUGGCCAGCGUCUCCUUGAAACCGGGGAGGUUGUUCGCGAUGACGAACUCUGA